AUGUUUAACAGUUUUGAAUUUAAUUAUUACAACGAUUCCCCAUCAUUCCUCUCAGAUGAUUUAAUUCCUCAAUAUAAUAAUCAAUUCCAAAGUUUACAACAAAAUCCACAAUUAAAUUAUAAUAAUAAUAAUAAUAAUAAUAAUAAUAAUAAUAAUAAUAAUAAUAAUAAUUAUAAUAAUAAUAAUAAUAAUAACUUUAAAAAUGAUAAUUUAUUCCAAAAUAGUAAUUUAUUUGUUUUCCAAAAUGAUUUAAACAAUAAUAUAAAUAUAAAUAUAAAUAAUAAUAAUUUUAAUAAUAAUAAUAAUUUUAAUAAUAAUAUUAAUUUUAAUAAUUUUAACAAUAAUAAUAUAAAUAAUGGAUUUACAUAUUCAAAUAACCAAAACAAUAAUUUCAAACCUAAUAACAAUGGAUGUGAUGUUGAAUAUUCCGAUCAUUCAGUAAUUUCAACACCAACUUCAUCAAUUUACAAUGAAAAUGAAAAUAAUAAUAUUAAUAAUUUAAAUAAUAACAUAAAUAAUACUGACAAUACUUGUAAUAUUCUAAAUAAUAAUAACAAUAGUAAUAAUAAUGAUAUGAAUAAUAAUAAUAAUAAUAAUAGUAAUAACCAAAAUGAAGUUACUAAUAUAAAUAGUAAUAUUUCCCCAAACUAUGAAAAUCAAAAUCAAAAUCAAAAUGAAAAUGAAAAUAAUAGUAAUAAUAAUAAUAAUAAACCCAAUGAUAAUUUGGUUGAAAAUAAUACCAAUCAAAUAACAAAUCCAAAUAAUAUUGACCAACAACAAGAACAACCACAAUUAAAUCAAGUUGAAAAUAAAAUAAAUAAUAAUAGUAAUAAUAAUAAUAUAAAUAAUAAUAAUAAUAAUAGUGGUGAAUUUUGUCCAGAUUAUGUAUAUUUUGUAAAUAAACAAUUGAAUGAAUUUUCAAAUUGUCUACCAAUUUUAGAAAAAGAUAUGCCAGAUUUUGCCUCGACUAUCAAGGGUAUAAUUAGUCCAAAUAUUGUUGGUUCUUCGAUUAAAAAUGAAAAUAAAUCAACACCAAAUUCAACUUCAACAUCAAUUGCAUCCUAUUCAUUUGAACUAAAUCCAUCAACUCCACUUGAUGGUGUUUCUCACACAAUUCAACAAACUUCACCAUCAACUCAACCAAGUACUCCAGUUUCAAACGAUAUCAUAGAAAAUAAUUCUAUCACCGCCUCAACUCAAAAUGUAAAUACUGUAAAUAAUCAAACCACAACAACAACCACCUCCACCACCUAUACAUCAACUUUUGCCCUAUCCUCAUCAUCAUCAUCAUCAUCUUCUUCUUCUUCUUCAAAUGGUAGUGGUAAGAAAAGAGGUAGACCACCAAGAGCCAAAUCUUCGACUGAUUUAAUUGGCUCGCCAAAUUCAUUAUCAAACUCUUCUUCAACUGUAGUAUUAAGCGCAAGUACACCAUCAUCAACAACAUCAACAACAACAACAACAACAACAACAACAACAUCAGGUACACCAACUGGAGAAACUCUUGAGAGUAUUGAAUCAAAGAGAAAAUAUCUUUGUCAAUAUUGUAAGAAACCAAAAAAGAAUCACAAAUGUGAUCAUCCUGAUGCAAAUAAAGAAUCUACUGAAGAAAAGAAAAAAAGAAAACAUAAAAUAUUAAAAACUUCAACCACUUCCAUUGGUGGUGAUAUCACUAUUAAAGAUGAAAAUAUAACAUCAUCAGUUGUUGAUAACAGUGUUUUUGGUUCACCUGAAAUUACAACAACCUCUCUCUCUGAUCCAACAAAACUUUUAAUACCAAUUUUAGAAGAAAAGGAUAAAAAUAGUGUCGUACCUUCAUUAGAUGAAUCCAUCAAUAAACAUUUUGAUCAAGUUACUCAAGAUAAUGAAAUUCAUUUCUUUGAAAUUCCAAUUAAUGAUGGAAUUGUCCUAUUAUAA